GGCCAGACUAGAAUAUUUGACAUUUUGCAAUAUAUUGCUUCACAAUCAACGCCUCCUCGUCGUGCUCAGCCGCAACAGCAAGGAGCUGGAGUCCGCCAACCUUCUGCCCCAACAAAUCAGAGAUCAACUGCAAAAACGCAGCCCCGUAAUGAACAACCCCCCUCUCUAACAUCUAAUACAUCUUCAAGUCUGCACCAAGAAGACGUGGCAGAAGAGGAUGGGCAUUUAGAAUCAUUGAAAGCAGCUCCGCCUACUGCAGUCUUGAAUGCACAGAAAACAACACCAGCACAAGCACAAGCACAAGCACAAGCACAGGCCCAUGUCGAGAGCUCCAAAACCUUGAGCGAUACUGAGGAGCAAGUGUUGCCGGCUUAUUCAGUACCUCCCUCUGCAAAUGAAACUGCUCAACCUCCUCCACAAGAUGUGGUCAUGGAAGAAGCUGGACGAGUGACACGAGCAAGGUCAAGGGGAGCAGCACGCGGUGGAUCAGAUCUUUGAAUUGCAUGUGUCAGUAAGCGAAUAGAUGCUUAUUGGUCGUUGGUAUUAAUGUACAUUCGUCCUUUUGACUUGUGAUAGUGUCAUUGCUUGUAGACAAUAACACACUUUCAAAUGAUCUGACAUCUCUUCUAUAGCAUAUCCGUCUUUUAUUAUUAUUA